AUGGCCGUUGUGCGAACUACUCGCGAGAAGCUUCCGCAGUUGCUCAUGCAUCUCUCGGUUCGGGUGCGAGAUGUGUACAAUUUUGAUAAAACGGCGCUUUACAUCUCCGUGCUGCCCCGAAAGACUUACGGCAACGGGCGCGUGGCGGGUCGGAAGGUGCCCAAGGAUCGCCUUACCGUCGGCUUCCUUGUCAACGCCGACGGUUUGCACUCGUUCCGCCCGUUGGUCAUCUCGAAAGCCAAGCGGCCCAAUGACUUCCGCCCCGAUUACGAUCCUGACGAGGUUUUCUCUCACUUCAUCGAGCAGCUUAAUGUUGCCAUGUACGCCGAGGACCGUAACAUUGUCAUUUUGAUGGACAAUGCUAGCAGCCACUUGCUCAAGUCGAAAGAGGCUGAGUCGGAAUACCUCUUUGGCUUCCGCACGCGCAAGCUCAGCAACGUCCACAUCGUGUACCUGCCGCCAAACACCACGGCCUUCACCCAGCCCCUCGAUCAGGGGAUCAUUGCAACGGCGAAGGCGUGGUACCGUGCGCAUUGGCUGAGCGCCUUCACGGCGCAUUGGUCGGCGGAUGGUGCAACGUCUGCGAUGGCUCGGUACAAGCCGAACUUUCGCCACGUGCUGGCCUGGCUUUGCGACGCUUGGAUGAACAUCGAGCGUCGCACAAUACAGCGGUGCUGGUGGCGCACCGAGUGCCUCCCACGUGCGUGGGCAAUGGAACUUGAGCACGUGGGCAACGGUGGCAAUGGCGUCAACGGCGGCAACGGCGCCGCCAACACUGAGCUCGAGGAGGCCGUGGGCGACGUGGGGAUUCUGAUCGAUCGCCUCGGCCUUGGAUCGGUCGCGAUGCCGGCUGGUGACUUCAUGCGCAAUCGAUGA